AUGGCGGAGUAUAGCAUUGUGGUAUUUGCCGGCGACCAUUGUGGUCCCGAGUGUUCCAUCGAUGCCACUGGCACCCCGUUGACUGAUGAAGCUCUUAAUGCAGCCAACUCAGCCGACGCAGUUCUGCUUGGUGCAAUUGGUGGUCCCAAAUGGGGCACCGGUGCCGUUCGACCAGAGCAAGGCCUACUGAAGCUGCGUAAGGAAAUGGGAACAUACGGAAACUUACGACCUUGUUUCUUCGCCUCUGAUGCUCUCGUCGAUUCGUCCCCCCUUAAGGCUGAAAUAUGUCGAGGGACCGAUUUUGUUAUUGUCCGCGAGUUAACCGGUGGCAUCUAUUUUGGUGAUCGUAAAGAAGAUGAUGGAUCAGGCACAGCGUGGGAUUCGGAACCCUACUCACGUCCAGAAAUUGAGCGUGUGGCGCGUCUAGCCGGGUUCCUCGCCCGCGGCCGCGGAGACAAGACGGUCUGGUCUCUUGACAAGGCCAACGUACUGGCCACCAGCCGCCUGUGGCGAAAGGUCAUGACUGAAACCUUUGAGAGGGAGUUUCCCGAUCUCAAGAUUGAGCAUCAACUGAUUGACAGUGCCGCUAUGAUUCUAAUCAAGAACCCUCGGGGCUUAAACGGGGUCGUUGUCACUAGCAAUCUCUUUGGUGAUAUCAUUAGUGACGAGGCGAGUGUCAUUCCCGGCAGCAUUGGACUUUUGCCCAGCGCAAGCUUGAGUGGUAUUCCAGACGGCAAGGGUAAAUGCAAUGGCAUCUAUGAGCCUAUUCACGGUAGGUGUAUCUCCACCCCUUGCACCUGCAUUGUCGAUCCCAGUUUCACUAUACUGGAUGACAAUAUAUCAAAACGCCAAUCAUGGAGUGGCGAUUAUGUACGAUUUACUGAGCAUGAUUUUCUUUUGCGCCCAGGUUCCGCUCCCGAUAUUUCUGGCAAAGGCAUUGUAAACCCCCUCGGUACCAUAUUGUCGGUGGCCAUGAUGCUGAGGUAUUCGUUAAACUUGCCCGAGGAAGCUAAGGCUGUUGAGGCUGCUGUCAAGGCUGCCAUCGACGGAGGACUCAGGACGAAAGACAUGGGUGGCAACGCCGGCACUAAGGAAGUUGGGGACGAGGUGGCGAAGCAACUAGCGGCCAUCUUGACCAAGCCAUAG